UCGCAGUCUAAGAAAUAGAGGAAGAGACAGCCAGAGACAGUAGACUCAGGAAACACAUUCAGGUCUGUUUUCAAAAAUCUCUGGAAGGAAUCAGAAGAGAGAGGACUUUAGAAAGAAAGAAACAAAGAGAGAAAGAAACAAAGCAGGGCAAAAAAAAGCAGGGGGAGAUGACAGAAAGGUGGACUUAUUAACUUAUGACUCCUGAGGGCGGUGGAGAUUUUUCUCUUAAGAACAGGAGUGUUUUCAAAAUCAGCAUAAAUGCGUCUCAACAUGUAGACAUUCUGCAGUUUUCUGGUUAAAUUUCCCCCCUUUUUUGUCCUCCCCCUGACUUUUACCCUUUACUCUGAACGCCAGCAAAGAAAAGUCUUAAUGUUUUUGGAGAAAUCUGAGGGAUGCGUUUGAGACAAAGAUGCAAAGCAGAGAAUUCUGACAUGGUGCCGACCCAAACUGACAGAGACGAGGACAGAGUGGACUGUUCAGAGGCAGACACGUCUCCCACCAGACACAGGUAUUCUCUACUCGAUAUUAAGGUCAGUCAAGAUAUUGAGCCAUGCUAACUGAAACUACCAUCAAUAUUGUGCUCUGAUCUUGUAUUUGUAAGUCCUUUUGGAUGUGUUAAAUACUCUUUUGAAUUGAAAGCUGAUUAGAAUAUUUUCUGCCUCAAUGAUUUAUACUUUUACUUUGCAAAAUCACCAGGGGCAACCAGUAAUUUGCUUUGUCAGAAUAUAACUGCCUAACGUGCAGAGCAAUACACUGAAUUGACAGUUUAGUAAUAACAAUAAGUACAGACUGUCUUUGUAAAUAAUAACUCAAAGCUAACCUGCCAGCUGCUUGUUUACAGACGUGGUAAAUAUGACUUAGAAAUAUGCGUCAUUAAUGGUGUUCUUGAUUCUUGAUUCAGAGCAACAGAUGAACUGAAAGCCAUACAAACAACAAACUACUGAACUAUCACAAGCCAUAGCCAUUGUAGACAAUAAUCCUCAGUGUUUUUACUGCGCUUAGUAUCGGCAAGAAUCCUGUGCCUCUGUUGUCAGUGUGUCAGUCAGACACUUGGUGGCUACUGUGAGAAGAAAAAAAAAGAUGUGUAGGCUCUGUCUAAAGAGAAACUACAGGGAGGAGGAGGAGACAGACAUUUUGCCUGUCAGAGACUGAAAAGAGGAGCACCGGGCCAACAACUGACAACUGUGGCUGUGAACGGACAUAUAAGCGCUUCCUAAAUCCACAGCAGUCAGAAAGCAGCCGUCCUGCUGUUAGACACACAAAAACUGAGACAUGAGUGGAAGCAGCGAAGCCACAGUUUGAGCUGAUUGUUGAUUGUUACUGAAACUGAGCUCUACCUGCCUGGAAGGUUUAGACUCAGCUUGCAUCAGACAACAACCUCCGGUAGAGUUAAAGAAGGAUCAGAGUGACCAGUAUCCAGAGAGAGGAGGAGAGCAGGGAGGAAAUUCCCUUUCUCUCUCUCGACCCGUGUGGUUGUCAGGCUGGCCAGCUCAGCCAUGGCGUUCACCUUUGCGGCCUUCUGCUACAUGCUCACCUUGGUACUGUGCGCCGCGCUCAUCUUCUUUGUCAUAUGGCAGAUCAUUGCAUUUGAUGAGCUUCGCACAGACUUCAAAAACCCCAUUGAUCAGAGCAAUCCCACCAGAGCGAGGGAACGAAUUCUCAACAUUGAAAGAAUCUGCAACCUGCUUCGCAGACUGGUGGUACCCGAGUACUCCAUCCAUGGGCUCUUCUGCCUGAUGUUCAUGUGUGCUGGAGAGUGGGUCACACUUGGCCUAAAUAUCCCGCUGCUCUUCUACCAUCUGUGGAGGUUCUUUCAUCGGCCGGCUGACGGAUCAGAGGUUAUGUACGAUCCUGUCAGCGUGAUGAAUGCCGACAUUCUCAACUACUGUCAGAAGGAGUCCUGGUGUAAGCUGGGCUUUUAUCUGCUCUCUUUCUUCUAUUAUCUCUACAGUAUGGUCUACGCCUUGGUGAGCUUCUAACACACAGGAGAUCUGAAGAAAUAAAAGGAAGUAUCUGUAAGAAAGACAGAAAGGAGCAAAUGGAGACAUAAACUGUUCUUCUCUCCAUGUAUCCUGACUUUAUCUGGCUUUGGUUUUGGCAGUCUAACCUCGGACAAAACAAGAGGACCAAUCUAAUUGAAUGUGAACGUAAAGGUGUUGCUCCAUUCGACUGUAUCGUUUUAUCCCAGAUACUGCUGUCGGACAACAUUCGAAGCAUUGAAAUGAAUCAGAAAGAAGGUGUUUGUGUUGCCUUUGACCCGUUACACCAUUUAACAAUAUUUCUGAAGGGCUGGAUUUUCCCCAUGCUGCUCUUACUAAUCCAGUCGCUGAAGUCACUGUGAAUUUCCAAACACUCUGGGGCUGGAAAACAAAAUAAUACGUCUGUACUCUUUGACUUUGACAAUGUACUAAAAGCAGGAUUGUUUUGGUAUUAUUCCACAGAUUUAAGACACCUCUGAUAUCAAACUGUUUGCUUUGAUUGUGUGACAGGUGCAUUAAACUGUAAGAAAAAGGUUAAAUUGUGCAGGAGAACUUUAAAAUACUGUAAGAAACGCAGAAGGCCCAGUAAGGAAAAUAACGAGUCGGUGUGAGUGCAGAUGCUUUUAACCAGGAUGGAUGGAGAUAAAGCACAGACCAAUUAAACAUUUGCCUGAUGCUGCCUCUUCCAGACGCAAAGUCAGAUAUAAUGCUGUAUUUAAAAAAAAAAAAUAGCAAGGAAUUAUUCCUAAGUUUGACUUUGAGGGUCAAUGCUUGCAGUGUGCAUUCACAACAGGUAUGUCCAUAGCUGUGAUGCUACAUGCUAGGUUCAUGCUUUCCAAAGAGCUUUAUGCUCAGACAUAUAAUGCCAAAAGUUUAUACCUGAAAAACAUUGUGCUAAAUUUUAAAAAAAGUCACUUUGGGCAAGUAGACAGAAAAUGAGCUUACAAAGUGGAGCCUCUUACUGUGGCCUUGCCUUUAAUUUGACUUUCUUUAACACACUUUUGGCACAGUGUUUUUCCUUGGAAAAAAAAGGAAAAAACUUAGUUCUGUUGUAUUUUUAGUGUGCAGGGAGCGCCUUAUUCCUAUUAUCAGUGAAGUUUACUCUUACUCAUCUGCAUCUAUACUAUAGUCAUUUUAGCACAGCAACUUUUUUCUGAUCCGAGGUAGAAGAUAGUAAUCUCAUGUACAAAAAGCAAUUAACAACAGCAAACUAGCAAUGUAAUACGAUUCAUGAGACAUAUCGAUGAAAUGUUAUUCAGUAUUUGUAAUAACUGUGAGUGGGACGCAAGUGGCAGAUGAGACAACAAUGACUGUAUGACAAUGUUUAAGUCUUUUGAGAAGUGUAAAGACAGUGAUGUCAUCUCAGUGCAUCUACAAUCAUACAGUUUGAGAAGGGACAGACCUAAGACACUGAUGUCGCUGAUGACCAAGAUGUGUAAACAGCAAAGCCUUUCCUCAGAUGGUGCUGCCUUUGCUGUCACGUGUCCAUUAGUUUGAUCUAUUUGUAGAUAAGUGACGGUUCGAGUGUGUGAUGUCAGUAGAAGACCAGAAACUCUUGAGGGCUCAGAACAAACUGUGAUGUUGUCAUACGGCGACUCAACGUGUAGUAAAUGGUGGUGAUGACAUGUCCGAUGGUUGAAAUGUGCGGCUCAAUUACAUAACAAACGUCUCGAGUACUGCAGCCUAUUGAAGUAGCUUCUAAUUAUGUGACAGGAGUUACUGUUAAAAUUUAAACAUUAGCAUGAGCUUACAUGAAAAUCACUGAUUCAUGACAGCCACUGACCAAAUCACUUCUAGAAACUUUCACACAGAACACACUGUAUUAUAUUGCAGUACACAUUACGGUCAUGUACAUUUUAAUUGCACAUGAGGAUGCAGAUUUUCUUUCUAUUUAUUUCUUGAUUAAUUUAUUUUCAAACUUCAAGAAACACAUUCAGGCACAACUCUAAUUUUCAAUGGUGCCAAGAGACAUACAAUAUUAAUAACACAAAAUUAACUUUAAUACCAGAACCAGUAUAAAGGCUGAGGCUACCAUUCCAAUGUUAUCAGUCCAUUAAAUGCCCAUUAUCUGCACACUUCAGUCCAAUACAUAUGGGAUAGUAGGGAUGUCCGCCCCUCUUUAGUAGGCUCAGUAGACUUGUUAUCAUCCAUUCUGAUCACUGCUAAAGAGAAAAUAACCCUACUAAGGUUGGUUUAUGGUAUAUUUUAUUCCAAACCAAGAAUUUCUCUAAACUUAUCCAAGAAAUUUUGGUACCUAAACUUAAACAUACACUGACUGUAAAACAGCAGUGAAAGUUAAAGUCAAAGCCUGACCAAAGUCAAAAAAUAAAACUGUAAUUCUGGACCACAACGGGAUGUGAAGUCUCCUGGAGGAAUAUCCGCUGACUUCUACCUCCUCCAUACCCUCCAACCUGUACAUGUGGACUAUUGUUCCUCCUUUACAUGCUAAAUUGUGGUCACACUUCCAUUAAAUGGGCUGAAAAGGUCCAUAUCUGACUGUAUGUGUGGGAAUGAUGUGCUCUGAUAAUGUCUGUUGAAUGAUAUGAUAACAUACAAAGUGGACUGCGUAGUGUUAUAUUGUAGUGACUGUCAAAAAAUCCCAGGAAAAGACAAAAACCAAUGCAUUAUUGUGCAUGUUGAUCUGUUCUGACUUCUUAAACUUGUCUGUUGCACUCAGGCUUGAGGGCAUUAGUUGUAAAGAUGUAAUUUUUCAAAAACAUUUCACAAAAAUGUUCUUUGAUUUUUUUUUUAUUUAAAAAAAAAAAAAGAAAAAGAAAAAAAGGUUAAAUUACUUUCCAAAACCGAUCGGCAUCAUUGGUUUUUUAGAAAAAUAUCUCUCAAACAGGAAUAAAUAUUGCAUUUCAUCAGGACUACUUUAAGCAGCGGAUAAAUAUACAUUUUAUAGGAGCAGUUUUUAUGACAGCAGGACUGUGUCUGUGGCAGUGUUUCAAAUAAACGCAGUCUGCAUGUUCAUCAUUAUGAAGACACAUGCUAUCCAGUGCUACAGCCGGGCUUACUAAUGUGCUUUUAAUAGUUUCUGGACAACAAUGGAGCUCUUUGGCAUGGACGCAUAAUAUAUGUUAGGCUUUGGUAAGCGGGGAUCGAUGCUGUGUUGGUUUCUGUCUUUUCACAGAAUCUACUGACAUAUUAAAAAUAUACAAUACCAGAAUGCCCAGAUAGCUCAGCUGGCUGAGUGGGCGACCCAUAAACAGGUCCUAUAGUCCCUGACACAGCGGUCAUGGGUUUAAUGGGUUCCAUGGCCAUUUACUGCGUGUCAUUUCCCCACUCGUCUACCCACGUUUCCUGUCUCUCUCGCCACUGUCCUAUAUAUAAUAAAGGCUAAAGGCUAAAAGGCCAAAUAUAUACAUACAGAGUCAGCCAAAAUAAUGCAUACAUACAUCAGGAAAAGAAAAAUGUGCAUAAAUAUUUCAAUAUCAAAUUUAUUCAGAAAUCACAAGAUUAAUACAAGUUACCUUUGGCCUCUACAAUUACAAGAGGUGCUGAAGUGGUGGUCAUUGGCUUCCAGACUUUUCUGUUGUGUUGUAGACGUCACUUGUUGAUGCUACAUUCAUGAGGGUAAUGCCAUCUGUUGGGUCGUACAACAGGACACAGAGUUAUCGUAAUUUGAUCAAACUGCGAAAGAGGCAUCUAUAUGUGUAAAAGUAUUUAUACAAAUUAAAUAUUUAUGCAAGUUUUUCUUUUCCUGAUGUGUGUAUACAUUAUUUUGGCUGACUCUGUAUAUACAUAUUGAACCUACCUCUUCUGUGGUAGGGCUUCACCUCAUAUACACUUGUGUACAUGCAGUGUCAGUCAUAAUCCAUCCCAUUAGGAGAGCAUCUCAAAAUUUGAAUUUCAACACCUGAUACCACUUUAAUAGGCUGUCAGUAUUUCUGAAGACAUGCAGUAGACAGUACAUGUUGUGCCAAACGCUGUUCCCAUGAAAGUAAUCACAGGACACCUAGACCUCAAAACUCUGCCAACAAUGUGAGUGUGUUGAGUCUGGACAAUCACUAUUAAAGCACAGGAACACAAGGAAAGGAGGAGAAAUACAGCUUGGUUGAAUGUCAUUCUGUAGUUGCUCUAAACAAAGCAUUUUAGAAAAUUGUAUUUAAGUAUAUCUAUUUGUAUCUGUCUUUUAUACAUUUCUCAUCGACGUACGCUACAGUAAAUUUGGUGGAUUACUUUAUAUUUAUUAGGUUACACUAUGAUGGACAGCUAUUCACAUGCCGUAUUCUAAUAAAACAGUAAUGCCAAAAUGUU